UGGACUGAAACAGAGUUAAGAGAAAUGAUGCUUCACGGUGCUACUGCUGGUGCUGCUAAUGAAUCUUUCGUAGUUACCUCGACUGAUUCUCAAGAUACAUCUUCUUCAAUGAAAACGUCAAAGGAGUUUUCUAGUACAGCAACAAAGUAUACAGAACAUUCAAUUGAUGGUAUAAAACAAAGUGGAUCAUCAAUUACUCAAAAAUCGUAUGGUAAUGAGUUGCAUGGUACUUCCAAUGGAAAGCAGUUUGGAACUAAAUUCUCAACCAGUUCACUUGAACGUAACAAGUACAAUAAACCCAGCGAAGACUCCGCAUUUUGGCCACAAUCUUCAGAUAAGUCGAAUUCCAAAAGAGUCACCCAACGUAGUCAAACAACAGAUUUUAUAGCGUCUGAUACAACAGAUAACGUUCAACGUUCAGAAAGAUAUGAAAGUUUCAAGUCUAAACUGUAUUCUGCUAUGCAAAAUUUAUCUUCAUCUGAUUUGAGGAUCGAUGCUACUACAUCAUCUGAUCAGAAACGUAUAUCAAGAGAUACAGUACGUAGCGAAAGAAUUAUAAGGAGUAGAAGUGCUUCAAGAAAACAAGAUUUUUAUGCACUUUGCAAAGACAGCGAUGAUCUUAUAUAUGAAGGCGAGUUCGUUUUACCCAUCACUGAUGAUAUUGCAAUAGACAAUUCGAAUGUCAAUAAGUCAUCAAAGUUUGUGUCGUCAUAUAGUUCUAGCUCUAAAGCAAUGUACGAUUCAAGUAAUAUAGGCGAACUUUCAGUGAAUGAUGUCUCAUCGUCAACCGUUUUUGAUAAGAAACUAAGCUCGAACUUGUCAGACGAAAGCUUCAUAAUUAAUUCAUCUCUAGAUUCUAGUUCAAAAAUACAAAAUUCAUCAAAAAAUGAUAUCAGUUUUACUGGAACUAAAAACAUUAACACUGUGUCUAGCUCUAAAGUGUAUGAUACUACAAUUAUAUCUGAUAUAAGUAAUAUUACUUCAUCAUCAACAAUUGAUACUAAAGUAUCAUCAUCGAAAUCUAGCAAGCUAAUUUCAUCUUCGGACUUUGAAAAUACCUCGAAUAAAUUCACUAAAACCAGUUUUGACAAAAGUAAUGAUGUUUUGUUAGACACAAUAUCCAAAAAUAUGAGUGAUAACUAUACAACAGAUAUACAAACUUCUUCAUCCAUUACAGAUAAUAUUGUAAAUGAGACUAAAACUAUAAGAGAGAGUAAAUCUAGUAAAUCCAAUAAAAUUGACAGCAAAAAGACAGUUGAUUUUAAAACAACUAUUGUUGAGGAAAUUAUUCCUGUAGCAGACAUUGCUCUUUGUACAUGUGAUCAUGAUUCAGUUAUUAUCAAACAAGAUGAUACUAGCAUAGUCAGCGAUAUUAAUCAUAAAUCGACUUUAAUUGAAGAUACGACUUUAAUAAAUAAAAGUUCAUUCAAUAAAAGCACCGUUAAUACAAACGAGUAUAUUACUACAGUGAUUGAUGAUAUUUCUGUGCAAGGAGAUGUGAUUUGUACUUGCGAAAAAGAUGCUAAAGUGAUACACAGUACUGAUUUGAAAACUGAACAAAAUGAUGAAGUGGUAACUGGUCAAAUAGUAAAAUCUUAUAGUCGUGAUGUAAUAGCAGAUGAUAUUACGACAACAUAUUCAACAAUGUAUGAAGAUGUACGAAGAAAAGCUAUAAGGCACGAAGACAAUUUACGUAUGGAGGGGGAAUUUCAAAAACCCGAAACACGAGUGUCUCAUGGUCCGAUUAUCCGAGAGGUACCAAAAAAACCGAAAGAUGAGCUUAGUGUUUCACAUGAAGCCUUUUCAACUCGUAUUAUAGAAGAAUACAAACCUGGUGAUAGAAUGCCUGUCAAGAAACCGCAGGAUAAUUUACAUCCCGAGGGAGAGUUCGAAAAACGAAAGCCACAAGAAUGGGGUCCUGGUGAACGUAUGCCAAUGAAGAAACCUCAAGAUAACCUUCAUCCAGAAGGAGACUUCGUAAAACGCCAACCUCAAGAUUACAAACCGGGUGAGAGAAUGCCAGUUAAGAAACCGCAGGAUAACUUACAUCCCGAGGGGGAUUUCGAAAAACGAAAGCCACAAGAAUGGGGUCCUGGUGAACGUAUGCCAAUGAAGAAACCUCAAGAUAACCUUCAUCCUGAAGGGGAUUUCGCCAAACGUCAGCCUCAAGAUUAUAAGCCGGGUGAUAGAAUGCCUGUCAAGAAACCGCAGGAUAACUUACAUCCCGAGGGGGAUUUCGAAAAACGAAAGCCACAAGAAUGGGGUCCUGGUGAACGUAUGCCAAUGAAGAAACCUCAAGAUAACCUUCAUCCUGAAGGGGAUUUCGCCAAACGUCAGCCUCAAGAUUACAAACCGGGUGAGAGAAUGCCAGUUAAGAAACCGCAGGAUAACUUACAUCCCGAAGGGGAUUUCGAAAAACGAAAGCCACAAGAAUGGGGUCCUGGUGAACGUAUGCCAAUGAAGAAACCUCAAGAUAACCUUCAUCCAGAAGGAGACUUCGUAAAACGCCAACCUCAAGAUUACAAACCGGGUGAGAGAAUGCCAGUUAAGAAACCGCAGGAUAACUUACAUCCCGAAGGGGAUUUCGAAAAACGAAAGCCACAAGAAUGGGGUCCUGGUGAACGUAUGCCAAUGAAGAAACCUCAAGAUAAUCUUCAUCCAGAGGGAGACUUCGUAAAACGCCAACCUCAAGAUUACAAACCGGGUGAGAGAAUGCCAGUUAAGAAACCGCAGGAUAACUUACAUCCCGAGGGGGAUUUCGAAAAACGAAAGCCACAAGAAUGGGGUCCUGGUGAACGUAUGCCAAUGAAGAAACCUCAAGAUAACCUUUAUCCUGAAGGGGAUUUCGCCAAACGUCAGCCUCAAGAUUAUAAACCGGGUGAGAGAAUGCCUGUUAAGAAACCGCAGGACAAUUUACAUCCAGAAGGGGAUUUCGAAAAACGAAAGCCACAAGAAUGGGGUCCAGGUGAACGAAUGCCAAUGAAGAAACCUCAAGAUAACCUUCAUCCAGAAGGCGAUUUCGCAAAACGCCAACCUCAAGAUUACAAACCGGGUGAGAGAAUGCCAGUCAAGAAACCGCAGGAUAACUUACAUCCCGAAGGGGAUUUCGAAAAACGAAAGCCACAAGAAUGGGGUCCAGGAGAUCGGAUGCCUGUAAAGAAACCUGAAGAUAACCUUCACCCUGAGGGUGAAUUUUAUACACCCGAAAAAUCGAAAUUCGUUCCAGCAGAUAGACCACAGAAAAUUGUACAUCAAACUAACUUAACUCCUUCAGGAGGCAUUGAAAUACCUGAAAAACCUCAAUAUCAGCCAGGUGAGAAGGUCAAACCUAUUCGUCCUCAUGAUGAAUUAGAAAUCAGCAAAGACCGAUUUGUUUCAAGAGAAGAAGAAAUAUGGCAAAGUGCUACUAAAACAGAAAAAGUAAUUCACAAAGAUCAAAUCACUUUGUCAACUGAUAAAUUUAUGGAUAGAGAACGAGUAGAUUAUAUAAAGGCUGAGAGAGUUGACAAAAUAAUGCCUGUUGAUAAUUUGCAUCCAGAGGGUGAUUUUGAACGACCAGAUAAACCUGAAUACAAGCCUGGUGAACGUAUGCCAGUGAAGAUCCCAAAAGACAAUUUGCACCCAGAAGGAGAUUUUGCAAAACGUCAACCCCAAGAAUAUCGACCAGGAGACCGAAUGCCUGUGAAGAAACCACAGGACAAUUUGCAUCCAGAAGGGGAUUUCGAGAAAAGACAACCUCAAGAAUGGAGUCCUGGUACCCGAGAGCCAGUUAAAAAACCGAAAGAUAAUUUGCAUCCUGAAGGUGAUUUUGAACGACCAGAUAAACCUGAAUACAAGCCUGGUGAACGUAUGCCAGUGAAGAUCCCAAAAGACAAUUUGCACCCAGAAGGAGAUUUUGCAAAACGUCAACCACAAGAAUAUCGACCAGGAGACCGAAUGCCUGUAAAGAAACCACAGGACAAUUUGCAUCCAGAAGGCGAUUUCGAGAAAAGACAACCUCAAGAAUGGAGUCCUGGUACCCGAGAGCCAGUUAAAAAACCGAAAGAUAAUUUGCAUCCUGAAGGUGAUUUUGAACGACCAGAUAAACCUGAAUACAAGCCUGGUGAACGUAUGCCAGUGAAGAUCCCAAAAGACAAUUUGCACCCAGAAGGAGAUUUUGCAAAACGUCGACCCCAAGAAUAUCAACCAGGAGACCGAAUGCCUGUAAAGAAACCACAGGACAAUUUGCAUCCAGAAGGCGAUUUCGAGAAAAGACAACCUCAAGAAUGGAGUCCUGGUACCCGAGAGCCAGUUAAAAAACCGAAAGAUAAUUUGCAUCCUGAAGGUGAUUUUGAACGACCAGAUAAACCUGAAUACAAGCCUGGUGAACGUAUGCCAGUGAAGAUCCCAAAAGACAAUUUGCACCCAGAAGGAGAUUUUGCAAAACGUCAACCCCAAGAAUAUCGACCAGGAGACCGAAUGCCUGUAAAGAAACCACAGGACAAUUUGCAUCCAGAAGGCGAUUUCGAGAAAAGACAACCUCAAGAAUGGAGUCCUGGUACCCGAGAGCCAGUUAAAAAACCGAAAGAUAAUUUGCAUCCUGAAGGUGAUUUUGAACGACCAGAUAAACCUGAAUACAAGCCUGGUGAACGUAUGCCGGUGAAGAUCCCAAAAGACAAUUUGCACCCAGAAGGAGAUUUUGCAAAACGUCAACCCCAAGAAUAUCAACCAGGAGAUCGAAUGCCUGUAAAGAAACCACAGGACAAUUUGCAUCCAGAAGGCGAUUUCGAGAAAAGACAACCUCAAGAAUGGAGUCCUGGUACCCGAGAGCCAGUUAAAAAACCGAAAGAUAAUUUGCAUCCUGAAGGUGAUUUUGAACGACCAGAUAAACCUGAAUACAAGCCUGGUGAACGUAUGCCAGUGAAGAUCCCAAAAGACAAUUUACAUCCAGAAGGAGAUUUUGCACAACGUCAACCACAAGAAUAUCGACCAGGAGACCGGAUGCCUGUAAAGAAACCUGAAGAUAACCUUCACCCCGAAGGUGAAUUUUAUACACCAGAAAAAUCGAAAUUCGUUCCAGCAGAUAGACCACAGAAAAUUGUACAUCAAACUAACUUAACUCCUUCAGGAGGCAUUGAAAUACCUGAGAAACCUCAAUAUCAGCCAGGUGAGAAGGUCAAACCUAUUCGUCCUCAUGAUGAGCUAGAAAUCAGCAAAGAGCGAUUUGUUUCAAGGGAAGAAGAAAUAUGGCAAAGUGCUACUAAAACAGAAAAAGUAAUUCACAAAGAUCAAAUCACUUUGUCAACUGAUAAAUUUAUGGAUAGAGAACGAGUAGAUUACAUAAAAGCUGAGAGAGUAGACAAAAUAAUGCCUGUUGAUAAUUUGCAUCCAGAGGGUGAUUUUGAACGACCAGAUAAACCAGAAUAUAAGCCUGGUGAACGUAUGCCAGUAAAAAUUCCUAAAGAUAAUUUACAUCCAGAAGGAGAUUUUGCAAAACGUCAACCACAAGAAUAUCGACCAGGAGACCGAAUGCCUGUAAAGAAACCACAGGACAAUUUGCAUCCAGAAGGCGAUUUCGAGAAAAGACAACCUCAAGAAUGGAGUCCUGGUACCCGAGAGCCAGUUAAAAAACCGAAAGAUAAUUUGCAUCCUGAAGGUGAUUUUGAACGACCAGAUAAACCUGAAUACAAGCCUGGUGAACGUAUGCCAGUGAAGAUUCCAAAAGACAAUUUGCAUCCAGAAGGAGAUUUUGCACAACGUCAACCUCAAGAAUAUCGACCAGGAGAUCGGAUGCCUGUUAAGAAACCACAGGACAAUUUGCAUCCAGAAGGAGAUUUUGCAAAACGUCAACCCCAAGAAUAUCGACCAGGAGACCGAAUGCCUGUAAAGAAACCACAGGACAAUUUGCAUCCAGAAGGCGAUUUCGAGAAAAGACAACCUCAAGAAUGGAGUCCUGGUACCCGAGAGCCAGUUAAAAAACCGAAAGAUAAUUUGCAUCCUGAAGGUGAUUUUGAACGACCAGAUAAACCUGAAUACAAGCCUGGUGAACGUAUGCCAGUGAAGAUUCCAAAAGACAAUUUGCAUCCAGAAGGAGAUUUUGCACAACGUCAACCUCAAGAAUAUCGACCAGGAGAUCGGAUGCCUGUUAAGAAACCACAGGACAAUUUGCAUCCAGAAGGAGAUUUUGCAAAACGUCAACCACAAGAAUAUCGACCAGGAGACCGAAUGCCUGUAAAGAAACCACAGGACAAUUUGCAUCCAGAAGGCGAUUUCGAGAAAAGACAACCUCAAGAAUGGAGUCCUGGUACCCGAGAGCCAGUUAAAAAACCGAAAGAUAAUUUGCAUCCUGAAGGUGAUUUUGAACGACCAGAUAAACCUGAAUACAAGCCUGGUGAACGUAUGCCAGUGAAGAUCCCAAAAGACAAUUUGCACCCAGAAGGAGAUUUUGCAAAACGUCAACCACAAGAAUAUCGACCAGGAGACCGAAUGCCUGUAAAGAAACCACAGGACAAUUUGCAUCCAGAAGGCGAUUUCGAGAAAAGACAACCUCAAGAAUGGAGUCCUGGUACCCGAGAGCCAGUUAAAAAACCGAAAGAUAAUUUGCAUCCUGAAGGUGAUUUUGAACGACCAGAUAAACCUGAAUACAAGCCUGGUGAACGUAUGCCAGUGAAGAUCCCAAAAGACAAUUUGCAUCCAGAAGGAGAUUUUGCACAACGUCAACCACAAGAAUAUCGACCAGGAGAUCGGAUGCCUGUAAAGAAACCACAGGACAAUUUGCAUCCAGAAGGAGAUUUUGCACAACGUCAACCACAAGAAUAUCGACCAGGAGACCGGAUGCCUGUAAAGAAACCUGAAGAUAACCUUCACCCCGAAGGUGAAUUUUAUACACCAGAAAAAUCGAAAUUCGUUCCAGCAGAUAGACCACAGAAAAUUGUACAUCAAACUAACUUAACUCCUUCAGGAGGCAUUGAAAUACCUGAAAAACCUCAAUAUCAACCAGGUGAGAAGGUCAAACCUGUUCGUCCUCAUGAUGAGCUAGAAAUCAGCAAAGAGCGAUUUGUUUCAAGGGAAGAAGAAAUAUGGCAAAGUGCUACUAAAACAGAAAAAGUAAUUCACAAAGAUCAAAUCACUUUGUCAACUGAUAAAUUUAUGGAUAGAGAACGAGUAGAUUAUAUAAAGGCUGAGAGAGUUGACAAAAUAAUGCCUGUUGAUAAUUUGCAUCCAGAGGGUGAUUUUGAACGACCAGAUAAACCUGAAUACAAGCCUGGUGAACGUAUGCCAGUGAAGAUCCCAAAAGACAAUUUGCACCCAGAAGGAGAUUUUGCAAAACGUCAACCCCAAGAAUAUCAACCAGGAGACCGAAUGCCUGUAAAGAAACCACAGGACAACUUACAUCCAGAAGGCGAUUUCGAGAAAAGACAACCUCAAGAAUGGAGUCCUGGUACCCGAGAGCCAGUUAAAAAACCGAAAGAUAAUUUACAUCCUGAAGGUGAUUUUGAACGACCAGAUAAACCUGAAUACAAGCCUGGUGAACGUAUGCCAGUGAAGAUUCCAAAAGACAAUUUGCAUCCAGAAGGAGAUUUUGCACAACGUCAACCACAAGAAUAUCGACCAGGAGAUCGGAUGCCUGUUAAGAAACCACAGGACAAUUUGCAUCCAGAAGGAGAAUUUGCAAAACGCCAACCACAAGAAUAUCGACCAGGAGACCGAAUGCCUGUAAAGAAACCACAGGACAAUUUGCAUCCAGAAGGCGAUUUCGAGAAAAGACAACCUCAAGAAUGGAGUCCUGGUACCCGAGAGCAAGUUAAAAAACCGAAAGAUAAUUUGCAUCCUGAAGGUGAUUUUGAACGACCAGAUAAACCUGAAUAUAAGCCCGGUGAGCGUAUGCCAGUAAAGAUUCCAAAAGACAAUUUGCAUCCAGAAGGAGAAUUCGCUCAACGUCAACCUCAAGAAUAUCGACCUGGAGACCGAAUGCCUGUUAAGAAACCUCAGGACAAUUUACAUCCAGAAGGAACAUUUUACACCCCAGAAAAACCACAAUAUGUUGCAGCUGAAAGAAAUCAAAGAGUUAUUCAUAAAGACAAUUUACAACCUGAAGGAUCUUUUGAGCGACCAGAGAAACCAGAUUAUAAACCUGCUGAAGUCGUUAAACCGAUAAGACCACAGGAUGAACUGUCAAUUUCAAAGGACAAGUUCGCAGAUAGACCAAAAGAGGGACCAAUUGGAACUCCUGAAAAAGCUCAAAUCGUAGUCCAUGAGGAUCAAAUAAAACUUAGUAAAGAUAAAUUUGCUCAAAGAGAAGUAAAGCAAGUAGUGCAGGCAGAACGUGUUCAAAAAGUCAUUCAUCAAACAAAUCUAACGAUUGAAAAGGUGCCUUUAGAUGUUCCAGAGAAAGAAAAUCCUAAAAUAGGUGAACGUAUGCCAAUGAAGAAACCUCAAGAUAACCUUCAUCCAGAAGGAGAUUUCGAAAAACGCCAACCUCAAGAUUACAAACCGGGUGAGAGAAUGCCAGUUAAGAAACCGCAGGAUAACUUACAUCCCGAGGGGGAUUUCGAAAAACGAAAGCCACAAGAAUGGGGUCCUGGUGAACGUAUGCCAAUGAAGAAACCUCAAGAUAACCUUCAUCCUGAAGGGGACUUCGCCAAACGUCAGCCUCAAGAUUAUAAGCCGGGUGAGAGAAUGCCUGUCAAGAAACCGCAGGAUAACUUACAUCCCGAGGGGGAUUUCGAAAAACGAAAGCCACAAGAAUGGGGUCCUGGUGAACGUAUGCCAAUGAAGAAACCUCAAGAUAACCUUCAUCCUGAAGGGGAUUUCGCCAAACGACAGCCUCAAGAUUACAAACCAGGUGAGAGAAUGCCAGUCAAGAAACCGCAGGAUAAUUUACAUCCCGAGGGAGAUUUCGAAAAACGAAAGCCACAAGAAUGGGGCCCUGGUGAACGUAUGCCAAUAAAGAAACCUCAAGAUAACCUUCAUCCUGAAGGGGAUUUCACCAAACGGCAGCCUCAAGAUUACAAACCAGGUGAAAGAAUGCCAGUUAAAAAACCAGAAGAUAAUUUGCAUCCUGAAGGAAAAUUCUACACACCUAAAAAGUCUGAAUAUAAACCAGGUGAUCGUGAACUUAUUAAAAAAACCCAAGAUAACCUAACGAUCUCUAAGGAUAAAUUUACUCAAAGAGAAGUCACAGAAUUUAAGGCAGCCCAAAAAGUUCAGAGAGUCAUACAUGAAGACAAUUUGAAAGUUACUGGUGAAUUUGCUCAAAGAGAACGACACGAAAUAGUUAAUGUUGAACGAACAUCUCCUAGAAUACCGAAGGAUAAUUUACGUGUUCCUGAAGGUACUUUUGCAAAGAGAGAACAGCAUCAAGUCUCUCAAACAAUUGAACGUUCUGUUGUGAAAAAACAUGAAGAUAACUUAAAAAUCGCAAAGGUUCCAUUAGAUGUACCUGAAAAAAUAGAGUUUACUCCAAUCAAGGACCGUCCAAUAAAAGUCAUUCAUGAGGAUAAUUUAAAAAUAACUGGCGAAUUUGCUCAAAGAGAGUUACAAGAAGUCAAAACUGUUGAGCGCGUCACACCAAGGAUUCCAAAGGAUAAUCUUCAAGUAAGUCAAGAUAGUUUUACAAAACGUGAAGUCAAAGAAAUUGGAAAAGUUGACAGAGCUAGUAAAGUAGUCCAUGAAGAUAACUUGAAAAUGACUGGUAAGUUUGAAGGAAGAAAAGAACAAGUUAUUCAACAACACGUACAACGUGCAACACGUGUUCAUCAUUCAGACAAUUUAGUGGUUGGUGAAGGGUCAAUAGACUUUGGAAAUAAAUCUCGAGCGGCUCAAAAUAAAAUUACUCAAGAAAUAAAGAUUGCUCAAGCAAAACGUGAGAGUAAUUUGAGGCAAGAAACUAAAAUUAUUCAAAAGGGCACAAAAGAAAACUGCAUCGUACAUGGACAUGGACAUCAAUUGGACCAAAGACACACAUCAAAAGUUUUAUCUGAAAUUAAUUCUGAAACAAUAAACAGAAGUACCGAGGCUUCCAAAGUAAUAAAGAGCAGUUCUCAAACAUUUGUAAAACAAAGUUUAAUAAAUGGUGAUAAUAAGCAUGUAAAAACAAUAAUUCAUGAUGGUGAAUGUCCGAUUCAUAAGCCUGGAAAAAGAAUUACUCAAACUACUCACCAGAAAACACAACAUGGAACAAUUAAUUACUCGACUGAAAAAAUAGAACAAGCAUCUACGGUUUUAAAAUCUUCUUCAUCUACUCACGUUGCAAACUCUCAAAUGAUUUCAGAGUCUCGUCAAAAACACCUUAAUGACAAAUCUAUGAAUAAUAUGUCCAAAUUUCACAGUCAACAUGAAACUACAAACAAUCAAAAUGCUUCUGGAAAAGUAAUAAGCUCAUUAAGUGAGUUGAAUGCCAAAAGUUCCGGAACUAUCUCACAGGUUGAUUUGUCAUCGAUUCAGGACCAAUCAUCAAAAUUUGUUAGCUCAUCUUCGACCGAAACUAAAACGCAUCAGUCAUCAAGUAGUGGAACUAUUUCACAUGUAUAUGGGAAUCAUAGUGAAAUCGCUCAAAGAGCAUUAAUGCGAGGUAUGUCGAAUUCAUCAUCGUCAAGUUUAAAUGACUUGACGCAAAAACGAGAACGAUCAAACACUUUUACAAAGGAACAGACUUCCCAAAUGACUUUCCAUCCAAUGGAGACGAAUGGCACAUCUCAGCGACUUCGUUCUAGACAGCACUCAUCCUCAAUCAAUUUCGGUGGAUAUUCUAUAGCUGAAGGAUCAUCCAUGCAUCAAGUUCAGAAGACAAAUAUAAAUAACUCGGCUGCUGGAAUCAAGAAAGAGUCCUUAUCUUCACAAGCGUCUGCAGAAAUUCACAAUUCGAUUUUGACUCGAAAAGGACCGACAACAGAAUCACAUCACCCAGUCUCUUCUGUAAUAAACUCUUCCAUUGGUGAGCGAAAUAGUUUAAGUACGCAGCACCGUCUUGGAAAACAAUCCAACAUAAGAGACUACAUAACACAUUCUAGUGAGUCUCGUGCAGUGGUUCAAAAACAAAGCGUGGUCAAAGUAAUUGAAUCAUCAGAUUGUAAACUGCACACUAGCAGUGCAGUUCACACACGUGCUGUUCCAACUAAAGGAAAUAUGUCGAGCAUCUCAUUUACUGAUUAUGGACAUUCAAGUUCCAGUGGAAACAAACGAACAAUUGUUCAAAAGCAAUUGAAAUAAUGACUUUCCACGUGAAUAAUAUUUUUUUGAUUUAGUCGUGCCAAUCAAAUUUAUUUUUUAGCUUAGCAAUUUUCGACACAAUUUGCUUUUGUACUAUUUUAUAUAAAAACGUUAAUGUUAAGUCAUAUAUUUGCUACAGUUCAGAUGGUUUUUUAUGAACAACAAUCCACAAAAUAAAUAAAAAUGGCCAUAACAUGAUUUUCUUGUUUAUUUGAAUUUUAUUGAUGUAAGUGUUUUACAAUAGAGGGCACCAAUAGAAUUGUGUUGAGAUUUCACCUUUUUAAAGAAAUAUUUUUCUCAUUAGACAUAUUAUUCAACUGUUUUUAAAUUUUAUACUGAAAAUGUCUCGUCUUCCAA